AUGUCCUCAUCACAACAACAUGUUUCCGCCAAGUCUUUCAGUCACUUUGAAAAGAAUCUCAAAGUGCUGGAAGAAAGUUUGAACAAGAGUGAGCAAAUUAAAGAUCAAAUUGUAAAUAUAUUGGAUCGGUUUGAAUCCCGAUUUUCGAAACUAGAGCAGGAAAUGACAACCAUGAACGAACGAAUUGAUGUAUUGAAAGUUGCUCAUGAUAAUAUUGAUAAAACCAUUAAAACGGUUGAUUCUGCUCUAGAGAAAUAUAACCGACCACAAAUAUUUGAGAAGAGGCUGGAAAAAGGAGUCAUGAAUGAUUUGGAAGGCUUUCUCUCGGCAAUGAAACAAAACGAUGAUACCAUUAAUUUCUUUUCUAAACACAGUAAUUACAAAGGUGCUGAUAAGUUGGAAGACAAGUGUCGAUCGUUGAGACAAAAGGCUAUCCAAAUACUGGAGCAAGAAUUUCAGCUGAUUUUGCAAAACGUUGGAGCAAAGUCUGUCGUGAUGGAUCCAUUCCGAUAUCGGAAAGAAGAUUUAGAGAGAGAUGAUUUCGAUCUAACCAACGAUUUAAUUCCUCCGGAUAAGGUUGAACAACUCGCAUUGAUUUCUCAACGAUUGGAAAGCAAGAUUGACAUUAGAAAAACGUACAUUCAAUUGAGAUCCAAGUUGAUCAACUCUGCUCUAAAUGUAUUAAUUCCCGAGAAGAAAGACAAAACAGCCAUUCAAGUAGCAAGUAAUUUGAAUGCUAUCAAGCAAUUGAAAAAGAAGGAUGAUGAGAUGAUCCUAAGUCAGAAAUACUACAAGAAAGGAUCACACCCAUUCAUCUUUUAUAUGAAUUUUUACUUGAAGUUGUUAGAAUCGGAAAGGAAGAUUUGCAUGAAGGUUGUUGGUGUGGAUUUUCAGAAAAAUCAAAUUUAUGGAGAUGUCAUUUCGCCUAGUUUAAAAAUCUUCAAAGACCAAGCUGAAGAUUUAGCUGAGAAGAACAGAACUAGUGAAAAGGUGUUUGUGCUGUUAGAUAUUUUAGAAAACUUUGAAAGCAAAUUACUCAAAAACUUUGAGGAAGUAUUGUCACAUACUCAACAUUUGGAAGCAUUCCGUAGUUUGAGCGAAACCUUUAAGAAUAAUAUUAACGAGCUAUUAUCUGAGUUCCAUAAAAAUAUUCACACAAACCAAAUCAAGGGGUCCACAGAUGGUGUGGUACAUCAAGCAACGAGUAAUGCAUUUUCUUUUAUGAGAAGGCUUCUCGAAUAUCCAUCCAUUGAGAACAUACUUAAAGAAAAGAGAUUUGACAAAGAACGAACAUUUUCAUACACAGAAGUCAAAACAUAUUUUGGAAAAUAUUUACUUCAAUUAUUGGAUGCUGUAGAGCAUAACAUUGAGGAAAAAAAGAAACAAUACGGAGCCAAGCAGAAGAGUUUGGCUGCUCUUUUUGUAUUGAACAACCAUUACUAUAUUUUCAAAAAUUUGCAAGAUCCAAACAUUAAGAAACAUGUUCCAGAAUCCAAACAGAGAGAAUAUAAGAAAUUGAAAGAUGAUGAUAUUAAUACGUACAUUGUUGCAACAUGGGACGACACACUCUCAGUCUUUAAAGAUCAAGAAAAACUAAAACCAGAUAAGAACGGCAAAUAUCCAAAGAAAGAAAUUAAGAAACGCUUCUCCAAGUUUAAUGAACAACUCAAAGAAAUUCAUACCACUCAAAGAACGUAUUGUAUUCGAGAUAUUGAGCUAAAGGAACAACUUCGAGAAAGGACGAGAGAGGAAGUGCUUCCACCCUAUAAUCAAUUUGUAGAACAAUUUCGUAAUGUAGACUUUACAAGCAACAAGAGCAAAUACAUUUCUUAUACAGAAGCCACCAUUUGCCAAAUGAUUGACCAAUUCUUUGAUGAAGAGAGAAACAUGGAUGAUGAUGAUGAAAUGUCUUCAACCUUUGAAUAA